UCAAAGUUGUGGAAGCUAUGGGGUGGCUCGGCUGAGGAAGCCAGGGAUGCCGGUGGGGAACCAGAGCCUGAGGAAAUCUGGGAGAGACCAUGGCCAUGUGCGCCCCGGUACGGAGCUGAACUAGAAGACGAAGAGUCGGGUGAAGAAACCUCCGGCGGGAACGGGGAUGAAGUGCUAGGUUUUACUAACACGUGGAAAUGUGAGAAAGAGAACGGUUGCGGGGACGACCGGGGAGGAGGUAGAAGCGUGAGAGAGGGGCAGAGAGCCGAUCGGGACGGCCAUCCGAGAAAACGCUCCUGUGGCGCAGACGCCUCACUGAGAUGGCGGCGGGGCGAGCCACGAGGCAGAGAGCGGCCUGCCCGCAGGGGUGGGGGGCAGGGCCCAAACUCGAUGGGAGGGUACCGGAGCUCGGAGGUGACCAGUCAGUCAAGCUCUGACUCCGGUGAUCCAAGUGCCCGCCUGUCCCCGAGGCACACAGUGGCAGCGGGUGUCCAGUUGUGUCUGGAAGCUGGACACCCCCAGGCUUCAAAUCCUCAGUGGGAGAGAGGCACCAGGCGACUUCCAAACAGCCUCACCUCACUUCUGAGAUGGUGGACUACUACAAAGUCCUUGGACUGCAAAAAAACGCCUCCCAGGAUGACAUUAGGAAAUCCUACUGCAGGCUGGCACUACAAUGGCAUCCUGAUAAGAAUCCCAGCAACAAGGAGGAAGCCGAAAAGAAAAAGAAUUUUCAGCACAGUAAAAAAAAAAAAAAUUUAAAGCUUUCCUCAAAAAAAGUCAAAGCUGUCGCUGAGGCAUACGAGGUUUUGUCUGACCCUCAGAAACGGUCGCUCUAUGACAGGUCUGUUAAGGAGAGCAUUUCCCACAGAGCAAGAAGUCCCUCGAUGGGUCAUAACAGCUUUUUUGACACCACUUAUGUAUUCCAAGACCCCAAUGAGAUCUUUAGGGAUUUCUUUGGAGGGAUGGAUCCCUUUGUGCAUGCUUUCUGGGACCCAUUUGGCAACCUCAGGAAUGAUGAUGAAAACAAGCAGGGUCCAAGUGGAAGAGGAAGCUGCUCCAGUUUGUUUUCUGACUUCGUGCAGUCUUUCAUGCCAUUUAAUCCAUUCAGCCCCAGUGAGCAGCCCACAUUCUCCUUUGCUGAGGACAUGGCUGAGCCACACAGUUUCAGAUCAGUCUUGACCACUACUGAAGGGAUCAACGGCAAGAAGGUCACCACCCGGAAAAUCAUUGAGAACGGGCAGGAGACAAUAGAAGUGGAAGAAGAUGGCCAUUUGAGGUCUGUGACGAUUAAUGGAAGAGAACACCUGAAAUUAUAUCUUAUCAUAAAAGGAAAUCAGGUUAGUUAGGCAGGACCUACCCUUCACAAACCCAUGCUGGCUGGG